AUGACCCUGUUGGAGACAGCCUGCCUUGAUUUCUGUAUUAAGCUGCUUAACCAGAAGACCAAGGUGUACAAGUACAAGAGCCUGUUAAAGAUAUUAUGGCUCAACCCCCAGUACUGGGAUAUUAUCCAGAUAUAG